AUGAGGAGGAAUAACUUGUUGCUGGUCCUCGCUGCCGGCGUCAGCCUGGUCGCCGCUCAGGACACUGCAAAGACGACCGCUCAGACGACCGCCCAAACCGCCGCCCCCACGACAGACAAAUUGACCAACGUCUCGUCCUUUGUUAAGUCGUCCAGUACAUCGAGUGCUGCUGCCUCAUCCACAUCCAACUCCAAGGCUUCUUCGGCCGCCUCCAAGACCCCUGCCUCCUCUGCUUCCAGGACCAACGCAGCGCCGACCGACCUGCCCACCCUCGCUGGAGCCACUAUUCCCGACAUGUACAUUCCCUACACAGCCGAUGCUCCCUUUAUGCAAAAGCAGACCGUACCAGAGGGCACCAUAUUUAUUGCCGUGGGCGCUUGUCUGGCCUUCCUGGGCGGUUGCGUACUCGCAUGGCGUGCAAUGGUUGCCUGGACCAUCAACCGCUCCGUCAAGCGCGCCGCCAUGGCCUCCGUCAUGGCCUCGGACGCAAAGACAAAGUACGGUCCUGGCGGAAACCUCUACGCUAUGCCCGGAGGUUCUUCCCUAUCUCUUGAUGCCCUGACCUCAGCUAGCAAGCCCAUGUCUUCCGCCAGCCCCAACAAGGAAAACCGCAAGAGCGCGCAACCCAAAGCCGACCCUUCAUCUCUCUUCUUCUCUCCCACCGCCGGCCAACGCAACUCAGCAUACAUGCCCGUCAAUCAGAAUCGCAGCUCCACUUACCUACCUGCUGGUUACUACGCCACUCCCAGUGCUCAAGCCGCCGGCGGCAGGGACUCAAUGGUCAUGGGUGGCGCACCAAGUCUGCAACCCACCGUCAACCGCUACUCGCGCGCCGAAUACUCUCCACCAUCAAGCCGUGACGGCUCUCGUCCUCGCAGCAGUAUGAACCCAAACGCGCAUCAACGAACCGGGUCAAAUGCACUGCUCAACCCUACACAAUCACUUUAUCAUCAACCCAGCACGAGCAGUCUAGCUGUUGGUUUCGGUGCUCAGGAAGGCAGUGACCUUAGCAGCAAUUUGCCCGGUCAACGUGCUCCCAGUGCCUACUUUGAUGAUGUGCUCCAGGAACACGGUCAUGGUCCUCGCGAACGCUACUAA